AGUUGUCACUGUUGACGUUUCGUUAAAUUUAGGUUUAUAGGUUAUGUCACGAUCAUUGUUUUGUAAACGAACAUUUAUUCGUUUGUUAGAGCGAAAAUGAGCGCAAUAAACCAAAAAGAAUACCUCAAGAAGUACCUAAAAAUCGGAAAGAGUUCAGACGGCAAAAAGAAGAAGAAAAAACCCAACAGCAUCGCGCGUAAAGGCUUAAAAAUCAUCGACGACGACGCCGACGCCUCCCUAUCGCAACAAAUUCGCGACGACCUCGACGCCAAUAACGAAGACGCCCCGCAGAUUGUGGCGGUCAUCGACGAGAGACCGCCGUCCCUUCGAAUCGACGAAAAAACGAAGAAUCCAUUAUGGCAACCCAUAGGAGACGAACCGCCGCUACCUACAAACCCAGAUUUCAAACCGGGCGGCAUUAAAUUAAACAUGCGCAAGGAACGAACCGGUUCCCGCAAACUCGAAAGAUCGCCCGACGUAAAACGAGAAGAUUAUCAGUCAAAUUCGCCCAAAAUAAAGCAGGAAAUCGAUUACUCGCCGCCUAGAAGGCAGGAGGAUCAAUCUAGGAACUAUUCGCCCCCUAGGAGAAGUACAAACGAAGACGAAUCGCCUCCUAGGAGAAGCAGAACUCAAGAUCAAUCUCCACCUAGGAGAAAACAAAAAGAGGAUACUGCUAGGGUUAAACAAGAGGACUAUUCGCCUCCUAGGAGAAGUAUAAAUGAAGACCAAUCGCCUCCUAGAAGAAGCAGAAAUCAAGAUCAAUCCCCACCUAGGAGAAAACAAAAAGGGGCUACUGCUAGGAUUAAACAAGAGGACUAUUCGCCUCCCAGGAGAAGUAUGAAUGAAGACCAAUCGCCUCCUAGGAGGAAACAAAAAGAGGCCACUGCAAAGAUUAAACAAGAGGACUAUUCGCCUCCUAGGAGAAGAUUGAUUGAAGACCAAUCACCUCCUAGAAGAAGCAGAAACCAGGACCAAUCGCCACCUAGGAGAAAACAAAAAGUGGAUUAUUCGCCCCCUAGAAGAAGUACAAAGGGAGACCAAUCGCCUCCUAGGAGAAGCAAAGAACGUACCACGAAGCGUAAACAAAACGAAGGUGAUUUCCCAGGAAAAACUAACAAAAAUCAGGCUCAACCGCCUCCUAAAACCCCCAGAAAUCCAGACGAAUCGAGCCAAUUCGCCAAACCAUCGGAACCUUCCUCAAGCAGAAGCAAAAAAUCCAGAUGGGAAGAACCGGUUACGAUCGUGGUAGAACAAAAGUCCGGCCUUCAAGCCGCCCAAAGCUUCGCCGAAGACCUGAUCAUGAAGCAAAAGGCCGAGGAACUGUUGCUGGACAGCAUGACACCGGAUCAAUCGGGCGUCAAUGCGGCCACCAUAUCCAGGAAACGAGCGAAAGACGACGCGCCGAUCGAUCCGGAGAAGGAGAAGCGCGACGAGGAGAUCAGACAGCAGUACUCCCGUUGGGGCAAAGGGCUGAAGCAAGUCGAAGACGAGGCCGCGAGAAUGUCCGAGCAAGCGAGGGAGAUGCAGAAACCUCUGGCUAGGUACGCGGACGACGAAGAUCUGGAAAGGUAUUUGAAGGAGCAAGAGAGAGACGGGGAUCCCAUGUUGGCUUACAUUAGAAAGAAGAAGAAGAAAUUGGACGUACAACGGGGUGUUCCCGAAAAACCGACUUACAACGGGGAUUUUAUGCCGAACAGAUUCGGUAUAGCUCCGGGUCACCGAUGGGACGGCGUGGACAGAUCGAACGGCUACGAGAAAAAAUGGAUAGACUCGAUCAAUUCAAAGAAAGCCUCGCAAGAGGAAGCCCUACAGUGGAGUCAAGAGGACAUGUAAUGUAAUACGAGACGUUUUAAUACAAAAAAGUAAAGUUACAAUAAAUACGUAAAAAAAAAACGAAAUACUGACGAUAAAUAAACGCUAACCGGAUAAAUCAUCGCGUCCGCAUCAGAUGCUCCGCCUUUUCGCUCUCCUGCCCUUCCGGUAGCCCUUCCCGAACCAACCGGCCUGCGUUUUGCCCUUGUUCCCGUUGGAAUUCGAGUUGUUAUCGGACUCCUCUUCCUCGUCCGUGGUGUAGUCGCAGCACAGGCACACGUUCGCCUUGUGCUUGCCCUCGACCUUGCUGUACCGAUCGAUUUGAUUGAGAAACACCGGCCGGCUCUUCGGGUAGAACAGGCACGACAGGGCGCCCCCCAUCGAGCCGAAGCAGUACGAACAAUCGGGCUGGCGUCCGACGGGCGGCCUCGCUUCCAGCACCGAAUACAAAUCCGCCUUGGGAUCGAUGAUGCUGUGCAGGCCCGAAUACAUGAAGCUCGUCUGGUACGGAUAGAGGAAGAAAUUGUUGAAGAAAUCGACCUGCAGGUAAUCGCCGAGCUUAUUCCUACUAUCACAGGUGGCCGGAUUGCCGACCGUAGCGAGAUCGAGGCGGUCUUUUACGUCGCUUUGCGCCGGCGACGAGUUCUUCAGGAACGGUUGGGUGGUCGUGUGCAAUUCGAGCUCGUGCAUGUCCGUCGCGUGAUGAUAGAUGGGGUCUCGACCGCGAUCGUACGCGGGCACUUCGAUGCCCAACAAGGACAUGAUUUUCCUCAUAACAACGUCGCACUUGCCGUUGAUUUUAACGUUGGCGAAUUCGUCUUUCGGCGUCCAUUGCAGGUUCACUAUGUACAGGUUGGCGCGUUUCUUCACCGGUUUCUCCAUCUGCCACAGCCACGGGUACUUCUUCAGCACCUUGAGACUGGAACCCAGGCAGAUGACGGUGGUCGCCUUGUCGGCGUUCUUGCAGGCCCCCGUCCAAUUGAGGGGCCACUGCAGGUUGCCUCGCUCACCGAAGUGCACUAUCGUAUCGGUGAGCGGCCCGUUGCACGCGUAACACCUCCUGUAGGUCUUGUGCGAGUACCUGGC